AUGGCCUGGGGUCACUGCGUGGCCCCGCUGCCGCCACCGCUGCUGCUGCUGCUGCUGCUAGCCACUCUGGGGCUGGGUCAGCGGCCACAUCCCGAGCCUGGCGUCCCAGGCCUGCAGCACAGCUACGACUGUGGACUCAAGGGCAUGCAGCUGCUGGUGUUCCCGAGGCAAGGCCAGAGCAUUCGCUUCAAGGUGCUGGAUGAAUUUGGGAACGAAUUUGAGGUGAACAACUGCUCCAUCUGCUACCACUGGGUCACGGCCAAGCCCCGGGGGCCUGCGGUCUUCUCUGCUGAUUACAAAGGCUGCCACGUGCUGGAGAAGGACGGGCGCUCCUACCUGAGAGUGCUCGUGGAGGCGGUGCUGCCCGACGGCCGUGUCCACACAGCACGAAACGUCACCCUGGUCUGUCCCAAACCUGAACACACCUGGAUGACUCCGGACGGCCAGCUGACGCCACCCACCACACUCUCCCUUUCCACCCCGCACACCGGUUCCCUCGGCCCCACCGCAGAGCAGCGCUUUGUGCCUCCGCCCUCUGCCGCCGCCUCCCCGUCCCUGGGGCCCGGACCCACGCACCCCACCUGGGCUCGCUGGCGUGGAGGCCUCUGGGAGCCAUGGGAGGUUGCCGAGCCAGAUUACAUAGGGACUAACCUGACCCCAGAGCAGUGUCAGGGGGGCACCGGGCACAUCCCCUGCAUCGUGAAAAGGAGUUCGAAGGAAGCCUGUCAGCAGGCUGGCUGCUGCUAUGACAACACCAGAGAUGUUCCCUGUUACUAUGGCAACACAGCGACUGUCCAGUGCCUCAGGAACGGCCACUUGGUCCUGGUGGUAUCCCAAGAAAUGGCCUUGGCCCACAGGGUCACGCUGGCCAAUGUCUACCUGGCCUACGCCCCCGACAGCUGCCCCCCGGCCCAGGAGACCGAGUCCUUCGUGGUCUUCCACUUCCCUCUCACCCGCUGUGGCACCACAGUCCAGGUGGUUGGCAAUCAGCUCAUCUAUGAGAACCAGCUGGCAUCUGUCAUCGAUGUCCAAAGGGGACCCCUGGGUUCCAUCACACGGGACGGCACCUUCCGGAUCCAUGUUCGCUGUAUCUUCAAUGCUAGCGACUUCCUGCCCCUCCAGGCCUCUGUCCUCCCACUCCCUUCGCCACCCUCUGUGACCCAGCGCGGCCCCCUGCUGCUCCAGUUUCGGAUUGCCAAAGAUGAGAAUUUCCACUCCUACUACGAGGAAAAGGACUACCCCAUCGUGAAGCUGCUCCUGGAGCCUGUCGCCGUGGAGGUCCGGCUCCUGCAGGGGACAGACCCCCAUCUGGUGCUGGUGCUGCACCAGUGCUGGGCCACCCCCAGCGCCAACCCCUUCCAGCAGCCCCAGUGGCCCAUCCUGUCUGAUGGGUGUCCUUUCGAAGGUGACAACUACAGGACCCGAAUGGUAGCCUUGGACGGGGCGCGGCUGCCUUUCCCAACUCACUACCAGCGCUUCACGGUGGCCACCUUCGUGUUCCUGGACUCUGGCUCCCAGAGGGCCCUCAGGGGACCGGUUUACUUCUUCUGCAGCGCCUCUGCCUGCUCCCCCACGGGGCUGGAGACCUGCUCCACCACCUGUGGCUCUAGGACCACCAGACAGCGGCGGUCCUCAAGCCCCCCCAGGGAUGACAUGGCUGAGCCGCAGGACCUUGUGAGCUCUCCAGGCCCAGUGGGCUUUGUGGAUUCUUACAGGAAGGAAACUACACUGGGGCCCUCAGGCUCCACCCGGAACUCCGACCCGAGGCCUCUCCUCUGGGUGGCCCUUCCGCUGGCGGCAGCUGCCCUGGUCCUCGGGAUUGGAGUCUCCGUGGGCCUGCAUCAGGCCCAGGCCCGGAGGCUCCAGGGAAUGACAGAGGGCGAACGGGCUCAAUAA